AUGAGUAGCGCUCAAGCACCGCCUACAUUCAAAGUGGGGCUUACUCCAGAUGAGAAGAAGUUAUACACGCAAUUAUUUAAAUCUUUGGAUCCAGAAAACACUGGUAUCAUCACCGGAGAGAAAUCAAGAUCAACCUUUGAAAGUUCUGGCCUACCACCAGCUAUUUUAGGGGAAAUUUGGCAAAUAGCUGAUCAAGACAAUUUGGGAUUCUUGAAUCAAUUUGGUUUCUGCUACGCAAUGAGAUUGAUCGGAUAUACCCAAGCAGGCCAUCAUCCAACUCCUGGAUUGGCCGAUGUCCCUGGUCCUCUUCCAAAGUUUGCCAACUUGACUUUACAGCCACAAUCAACAAGCAGUUCCUUUCUUUCUAAUUUACCAAGCGCUGGUAUUCAAGCACCACCUCCACCUCCUCCUUCUGCUUCUGCAAUUGCUCCAUUAAGCGCUGCAGACUAUCAAAAAUUCUCCCAAUUGUUUAUUAGAACCGUUGGUUCUGCUCAAGGUGAAUUAGGAGGAGAACAAGCAAGAGAAAUUUUGUUGAAGGCCAAAUUGCCAACACCUGUUUUAGGCCAAAUUUGGACAUUAGUUGAUAGAUUUAAUACCGGAAAAUUAAAUGUUGGAAGUUUUGCCAUUGCCAUGCACUUGAUUCAAGGCUUACUCAGUGGUUCAAUCAGACAAUUACCUCCUUUCCUUCCUGAUUCAGUUUGGCAAUCAGUUGAUCAACAAGCAGACAGUACUCCACAAGCACAAGUACAAGCUCGUCAAGUGUCUCAUAGUUCGAUCAAUUCUCAACUGACUGCUAUUAGACACCCUCCUCCCUCCACGAGAAAUGUUUCCACCGCUACAGUGAACAAUGAUUGGGCCGUAACUCCAGCAAUGAAGCAACAAUACCAAUCAAUUUUCAACAACCUUGAUAAAGAAAAAACUGGAUCCUUGAAUCCUGACCAAGUUGCCUCUUUCUUGAUGACUUCGAAAUUGAGUCAACAAGAUUUGGCCACCGUGUGGGAUUUAUCAGAUAUUCAAAAUUCUGGUAUCUUUACAAUUUUGGAGUUUUCUAUUGCAUUAUUUUUGGUAAAUAGAAAGUUGGCUGGUGGCGAAUUGCCUAAUAUAGUCCCUGAUGCCCUUCUUUCAUCCUUGCAAGAACCUUCUCAACCAGUUGGCGCACCACUGGCACCUGUUGAAUCAGCUCUUCCAAGCCAGUCAGCACCACCACCACCACCACCACCACCACCAGCAGCUCAACCUGGUCUUGCUGUUCAAAGCCCACAAGUUCCAAAAUCUUCAAUGGAUGACUUGGUAGAUAUCUUUGGUUCAACAACUAGUACUCCACCUGUUCCAUCAAUUGUUACUCCUCCGCAACCAACUUUGCAACAACGUGCAUCUAGUAGUGAUUUGAGCCACAGUCAAGAAUUGGCAAAAGCACGUCCUAACUUUACUGGCUCGUUCAAACCAACAUCAACUUUUGGACAAUCAUUGAUGCUGAAACAUACUGGUGAUGAAAAUAAAGGGGUUGAUAAUUUGUUGCAGGAGGAAAAACCUAAAGAAUUGUCACCUGUUCCUACUCCACCUGUAGUGCAAGAACAGGAACAAAGAACAGUUAACUAUGAUGCUUUAAGAAGUGUUCCACCACCUCCCCAAAAGCGUGCUACUUCUGUGCCAGCUACUCCUCCUCCACCUGCCCGAACCAUCUCGAUUAAUAGAACUGGAUCACAACAAGCUGGCGCAGGAAAUGAUGAUUUAUUGGCUGAUCCAGCUAUAUCGGGUCAAUUGUCACAAGCAACUUCUGAUAUUGCUAAUUUCUCCAACCAAAUCAAAUCACUUGCUGGUCAAACUUCUAACUUGCAAGAAAAAAAGACAAGGGCAGAACAAGAACUUCAAAGAAUUUUAGGUACUAAAGUAGAUAUUGAAAACAAGUUGAAGCAAUUGAGAUCCUCGUAUGACAAUGAAGUUAAACAAGUUCAACAAGUAGAAUCCAACUUAGCAGCUGCCAAGGAAGAAACUGAAGCUUUGAGAUCAGAAGCAUCUAUUGCUGAGGCCAAAUUGAACUCAUUGUCGUCAGAAUUAAAUGAAAAGCAGGCUGCCAUGGAUGAGUUACAAAAGGAGAAUACCUCGUUGAAGGAAAGGUUGGCAACUUAUAAUGCUGAGAUUUCCCAACUUGAAAGUCAAGUUGCUACAAAACUGUCCGAGAAUCAAUCAUUGUCAAAUAAAGUUGCUGUCAAGAAAUCUCAAGUACAAGUAUCCAUUGUUAAAUGUGAAGAAUUAAGAGGACAUAUUACUGAAAUUGAAGAAUCUUACAAACAGUUACAAUUGGAAUUAGAUAACGCUGAAAGAGAAAGACUUGCCAGUGAACGUGAACAACAAGAAUUGCUCGAAAGAUCAACUGAACUUGAAAAAAGUAAGCCAACUACUGCUAGUCCUGGUAUUUCUGCUACUGUUCCUGUAGCUGCAGCAAGUGCUGUCGCUGGAGCUGCUGUUGGUGUAAUCGCUGGUGAGCUUCAUCACAAGGAUUCAAGCGAACCAACCGAAUCCGCAGAACAAGUUAGUGACAGAAGUGUUGCUGAAGAUGAAACUUCUGUUCAAACUGAAACUGCCGAUGAAGAUAUUAGCAAGAGAUUCCCAGAGUUGUCUGUUUCUCAACCAGAAGAUACUCAUACAAACGUUACUUCUUCAAUUGCAACUGAUAAUGCUGAUGAGACUGAAACACCAAUAACUUCCCCUAGUAACUCAGAUUUCCAAUUCCCUCAAGCUGGUAAUGCCGGUAUAGUUGGUGGUAUGGUAGGUAUGCCUGGUGUUUUGGUUGGUGUUCAAAGAACUGAUUCAUUGACAUCAAGCGUUCAAAACAAUGCUGCUUUAUCUGUACGAGAUGAUAAUAUUGACGAAAUAAGUGACCGUGAAACUCUUGAAGAUAUUGGCAAUGACGAAGAGACAGUUCCAAACACGGCUAAUACUGAUCAUUUUGACAAUGAAGCUCGUGGUGAAGGUAGUGAUAAGGGUUCUUCUGGACAUGAAUCUUUUGAAAUAGUCAAUUCAGAAGAGGCGCGUGAUCAGAGUGAAGAGUUCCCUCCAAUCAAGGAACUCGAUUAUCAAGAAAGUGAUUCCUCUGAAGAUGAAGAAGAACAGAAGUUUGAUGAUGCAGUAGAUCAUUUGUCGUCACCUGCUGCUACUCACCCGGUUGCCGACGCAGCCACCAUCGCUGCUGCAACUGCAGCUGCUGCUGCUCCUGGUGAAGCGUUAAAGGCACCAGAUUUUGGUGAUUUUGAUAGUGCAUUUGAUAAUUUGCAGCCUGCUACCCCCGAGGUGAAUAAAGGAGGCAUCGACGAUGCGUUUGCCAAUGAGUUUGAUGAUUUGGAGGCUGCAAAAGUUGAUAAUGAAGAAGUUGAAGAUUUUGCAGGAGAUGACUUUGGGGGUCUUUCUAAUGAAUUUACCAACUCUAAUGCCCCUGAUUUCACAAAUGGAAGCACUUCAGUUGAAGAUGGUAAAGCCGAAGGCAAUGACGAAUGGGAGCAAUUGUUUGCCGGGUUCGGAAAUGCAAAUGUGGCAACCAAUGAAGUGAAUCCAGUUUCAAGUGGCGAUGUUCAACCUACGAUUUCUACAGAUGCGGUUGCAAAACCAUCUCAAGAGAAUCAGUAUGCAAUCCAAGAGUUGAUAGGUAUGGGCUUCGAUGAAAAAACUGCAACUGAUGCAUUGAAGAAGGAAAAUUGGAAUUUAGAAGCCGCUACAAAUUAUUUGUUGGAUAACGCUUAAACUACCUUCAAAUAAUUUAACUUGGUCUCUUUUCUAUUUUUAGUUUUGUGUAUUCUUGUUUUAUUGAUUUAGCUUGUAAAAUUGAAGCAUGUUAUUAUGGUCCCACUUUCUUUGCGUUAUUGUAACUAUAUAGGACCAUUAUCGUAAUACCUAUAUGUCCGACUUUCCAAUUGUCCGCUGGUCUGACCGCAUUUUUUAACCCCUUUAGGAAAUCAUAUUUGUAAUCCGUGGAAACGUUCUUUAAGAUAAUGUUAACAAUGCUACUGUGGCGGGACUAAGCGGGGGGUAAUUUAUCGUGCUAACAAAGAAACAAAAACGGUUCAUCACGUGAUUGACUGCAAAAUUUCCAAACAAUGAGAUCAACUAUGGCGCAACCAUAUUAGAUUUCUAGAUUUCAAACUGUGGUUAACAUAUUCCACCGGGAUAUCCUUCCGGACAGAGAUAUAUAAAUGAAUUAGAUAUUCUCAAAUUUAAACUUUUC